CAACGCGAUUCGCCUUAAGAAGUUGGAGGAUGACUAUGAUGACGGGCCGUUCAUUGACUACAUGUUGCGCGAGGUGGCUCGAAGGGGGAUGCUAACCAGCGAGGUGGCGCAGGCCGAAUUUGCCAAGGAGCCGCUGUCCUUUGUGCGCCGAGUUCUGGUCUCGGACACCGCUCGGGCAGCUGCUGAUCAGGCCCUGGUGCGCGAGCAACUUUUGUGGAAAAUGUCCCGGCAGCUGCUGAUGUGCCCGACUCCGGCACGCUGUGGCGGCUUUCAGGCGAUGAAGAAGGUGCGGGCCGUGCUCCGCGCGGCCAAGCUACUGCAAUCUAAAGUGAGCCUGCACUUGUUGCACCAACAUGUGGAGGAGGCCAUUAACCGGAGAGAGCUGCGCAGGCAGGAGGGCAGCUGUAGCCGACACCAUCGGCUCAAAAACUUCUGGCCGCAAUUCCACAACUCCUCCCGCUUUGGCACUUUGGUCGCGCGAAACUUGAUUGGGGACCUGGUGCUGCCAGAGGUCAAGGGUGUGCACACUGCAUCCAAGAAGGGCCAAGCUGGAAAUCCCAAGAAGACGUUGGAUUGGAAAUCCCGGGGGGCGCGCAGCCACUGCUCGGCGGGAUCCUGGAACUGGCUGCCCAAGUUGGAAGUGAGUGAGGCGAGUGCACUGAAGCAACAGUCCUCUUCCACUUCCCGAUUGACCCCUUUGCCUGAGGCCCGCUCUCCUUAUGCCAAGGAAUCCAAUGCCUGCGGCUUAGGUGGCUUCGUGAGGGACAAAACCGAUAUUUUCCCCAAGCUCGUUGCUGAGGGCAGGCCGCACUCCCUGCUUCCAAACAGUCAGGACGUUCCAGAGACAGCCCUUUUGCUGAAAGGGAAGUUCCAGCGCCCCUGGGAUUCCGGGCACGUCGUCCAAUCCUUGUCCACGAAGCAGUAUUUGAGUGCGUGCAAUCGAGAAGGGCUCUUACCAUCAACUGAUCCCUUCGUGACAGGCCACUCGGACUGCAUCAAUGCCAAGGCGCAGGGCCUGUCCGACCGAGACCUCUUUGCCAUCUGCGAGAUGCUGGAGAUGGGCUCCCCUUUGCGUGAAUUGGACCUGGAGGGCAACGCAGGGAUUUCCGAGCGGGCCUUUCUGCACCUUUUCAAGCACUUGCAGGCCAAGCCCGCGGAGGCGCGGAAGGUUUGCGAGUUGGAGAAGCUGAGCCUGGCAGGCUGCGUCGGCCUGGUGCAGGAUGAGCCCUUUGCUGGUCUGAUACAACUCAUCUCCUGUCCGCGGCUGGACGGCCUGCAGAUCCUCAGCUUAUCGGGCUUGCCCAUCGGCGUGAAGUGGCAGGUACCUUUGUGCAAGGCCCUUCGCAGCCACGUGUCCAUCCGCCAGCUGUCGCUGGCGGACACCGGGCUCGGCACCCACUCCUCCUGCGAAGAUGACACCACCAUGGUGUGUGUCGUGGAGCUGUUGAGCAGCAAGAGCAUCGCGCAGCUGGAUCUGAGCUGGAACUGCAUCGGCCAGGCGGGAUUCGACUUCUUGGGUCAGAAGCUCAAUGAGCUGGGGAUCCUUGAGAAGUUGGACUUGUCUCAUUGCUCCACGCUGUCCAAGAAGUCCUGGACGUCCUCUGCGGUACAUUUGCUGGAGCACUUGCGGGACAACCAGUCCCUGCAGAGUCUGUCCAUUGCGGGGAACUACUUGGACUUUCGGGCGGCGCUGCUGCUCGAGGACUCUCUGGAGUACAACCUGACGCUGCGGCAGCUGGACGUGUCAAACAACAGCCUGGGUAGCCCGGGCAUGCGGUCCCUGCUGCGACUGCUGGCGCGAAGUACCUCGGGCCUGCAGAGCUUCAACUUCGAGAACUGCUCCAAGGGCGCCAUCCGGGACUCCCGCUCGGACAUGCAGGUCUUUCGAGCUUCAAGGCCACAUGGGCGCUACGAACUGGAUCUCUCGCGACCUUAUGACCGCACUUUGCUGCGGAUGCUUUACAAGACCUCGGACCGGCUGGGGCUGGGAUUUGACCAGACCUUCCGAGAUAUCUCUGCGGAGGGCUUCAGUCACCCCCCGAAGAGCUCCCAGGGGCUGUAUCAGAUACCGCAGGCGGGCAAGGUAUGGAUGACCUUCACCAUGGACAAGGUCCUGGAAGAUCGAAUGGCCGCGCAAGGGGGAGCGGAUUUCUUCUCGUUGAUCCGGUGCCAUUCAGAGCUCCUCAGGAUCAAACCAUGCCGCUCCACCCUGGUGGCUUUACUGGCUCAGUGGAAACGGAUGGAGGGAUUGGGGGAGGAUCAGAGCAUCAUGAUCGAUGCUUUGUCCAAGGACUUUAGCCUCAAGUACCCUGAGAUUGCCGUGCUUUGCCAAAGUCGAGCCCAGAGCUGGGACGUCGUUGCCAGCCUUCAGUGCGCCAUUCCGGCGGGCCACCAACUGGAAAAGCAGCUUUGUCUCCGCCUGAUUCCGAGCUCGUGUGAUUUUGUAAGGAUGUUGCAAAGAUCAGAAAGCCUGUUGUCGUUCAAUCCCAACAACCCGACGGGCCAUUACUCUUUAGACUUAUCCAACCCCAUUGACUACACAAUUUCUGAGCGGCUUGCCAUUCUGGACAACUGGGAGAGCGUGUUGCGCUCAUCCGAGAACAAGGCUGACAUUUCGCAGCUAGGAAAUUACUCCCACGCGCGGAACACGCAGUACUCCAACUGCCCUUUGCCUCGCAGCUUCACUGAGUGGAUACCUGUCGAGUAUGACAUUCUUGAGUUGGACUACUGCAGCUCGAAACGGGGUCUUGGGAUGGAAGCCAUGACAGAGGCUGCCUUUGACGGCAUCGUGACUGCUCUGCUGCAAUUUGCACGACAUUGGAAGUGCCGGCUCCAGGCUUUGCAGCAGCUCUCGGAUCAGAUCUACUUUUCCUGCGCGCAGUUGCGACAGAUUGUCGACCUCUUUAAAGAGUCUGGCGCAAGACAAGACGUGUAUGUAACCUUCUUCAACAGAAUUGUCGACAUGCAGAAUGAGAAGCUUGUCCGCGCCAGACUUGACAUGAAUGAGGUGUCCACAAUUCUGUAUCGACUUGGGCACGCAGGGUGCUUUCCCUACAUGCAGCCUGAGCAGAUGCACAUCCGCCUGCAUUUCAAAAAUCACGAGGAGCGGCUGUUGAUGAGCUAUCUUUUGAAGCUUUCGAUUAAGGAAAGCUUGGCCAACAUCAAGGAUCCCCAGUUCACAAGCUCUGACGGAACGGUGGAUGCGCUGACUCUGGGCGUUCCCAGGUCUUGGGAGCAAAUGUCGAAUAUCCCCAAGCAAGGGGUCUUCGAGGCAGAGUAUGUAUGCAAGCCUGAAGAUCGCAACCUGAAGAUGAGAAAGGACCUGGCGGAGCAGUUAGGUGCCUGGACCUGCACGGGGCUCGAGGAGGAGGAGAUCACCUUUGUGAGCUUCUUGGGCCAGGUGCCUCCAGACGUGGUGUCCCUGGUGGCUUGGGCCAGUCGCAGCUUUGGUCCGGGGCUCUCCGGGACUUUCGACCAAAUUGGCAAGGAGGUGAACAGCAAGGAGUUCGAGGAGGCGUUGAAAGGCUUGGGCUUCAACAAAUUCAAAGGCCCGAGGGAGCAGCAGCGCUUCCAGCAGGUCUUCCGGCACAUGGACUCCAAGUUCGAGGGCAAGAUCUCCCAGAAGGACUGGCGGAACUUGGAGGAGCUUGGGCAGGAGAUCCAGCAGUCCAUCCGAGAGACGCGGCAGUUCUGCGAGCGACUCUUUGCCAGCAGCGCCUGGGCGGUUCUGAGCGACGGCAAGGGCCGGAUCUCGCAGGAGAUCGAGAAGAAGAGCAAGAAUCUGCUGCAGGAGAAGGCCCAGUCAAAGCGGAGGGCGAUCUUUGAGAAGAAAAUGCAGCUUCAAAGGCUCGCAAAGCAAAGCGGGAGGCAAAUGCAAAGGCCAAAGCUAUGGGCAAGGCCAGAGCUAUGGGCAAGGCCAAGGCUAAGGCCAAGCCAGGAGGAGGAGUCAGUUGUCCCAGUGCCAGAGUCAGCACCAGCUCCCCCAAUGUCAACUGUUGCUAUCAGUAUGGAGGACGCUGACACUGAGACCCAGCAAGCUGAGUCACUGACUGAGAGCCAGCCGCCCAAGCCCAAUGAAGCUCAUGAGCCAAUUCUUGAAAAUCUACAACUUCAUCAGCAAGCUGAGCAAAUUGUCACUGUCGCAGCUGAUGAGCCCAUGCCGCAGCAGCCUGAUGAUUCUGAUGGCCCAGCUUCAUUGUCAUUGUUUGCCGCAGCAGUUGUUGAAGUUGGAGCAGAGGCAGCGUCGUGAUCGUCCGCAGCUGCUGCUGGAGAUGCAGCGUCAUCAUCUGUCGGAGCAGCUGCUGUUGGAGCGGAGUCGUCGGCGCUGGCGGAUGCGCUGCGUGAUGGGCAUCGCCACUGCUGGGAGAAGUUUAACUUGACUGAGUGGCCGCUUGAACGCUCGUCGUCAGAACCCAGAAAAAGUACCUGAAGACGCUUAGAGGACGUGGUCAAGAAGAUGCCGAAGCCAAAAGUAUACCACAAAUCACUGUAGUCAUUGUCACUUGUGUUUGGUGCGUUGCUGGGUGGCUGCUAGGCCACAAUCGAUCCGCAGUCCUGG